AUGAGUGUUGGAUUGGGACCAAGGGAAGUCCUGGUUGACUGGAACACAGGCAGUGGGCUCGCUUUCGAAGGAAGGGUGAUUAGACUCAAGAAGCAAGAAGGCUCCAUUCAUUUUUCCUGUCCUACGCUCAAGACGCACAUCGAGACGUUUGUUAUACAAGAACCCUCGUUUCAGGCUGAUGAAGAAGUACCUCCUGUCCUCAACCUGUCUUUUAUAACAAACGCACGUCCCUCAGUUGUAAUGGACGUCGUCGUCUCGACCUUGGCUAGUGCGUUGGAUCCCAAUGGAAAGCGCGAUGUAGCUCAUCGGUGGUUAUUUCCAGAGAUGGACGACUGCAUCUCAAUCUUCCCGAGAGGUUUAGGUCGACUCGACAAUGGCUUGCAUGCGGAGCAACAGUUCGCCACUUCUUGUUCAUCAAAAUAUCAAUCGCAUGUCCCGUUUCUUAUCAGCGGUCCUCCGGGUACAGGAAAAACACGAACCGUCGUGGAAACCGUCCACCAAAUCUUACAUACUCAGCCAGAAGCACAUAUCUUACUUUGUGCUCCUUCCAAUUCCGCUACUGAUACUGUGGCACUACGACUUGGAUCAUCUCUCAAACUAGGAGAUAUGCUCCAACUAAAUGACCAGAACAGAACCUUUGCGGAGGUUCCAGAUUUAAUUCGUCAAUUUUGCUGCAACUCAGAUGUUGACAACGAUAGCUUUGCCAUUCCUACUUGGAAGAUGCUCAUGAGCUACAAGGUAGUGGUGACGUCGUGUCUGGACGCAAAUAUUCUCGUCGACGCUGCCUGUACUAAUAUCGUUCUUUGUGCGCUAGAAGAACACGUAGUGUCAUCGCUGCACCCUCACAGGAAGAUCAAGUAUCGGAUUGUUCCUCAUUGGACGCAUCUGCUGAUUGACGAGGCCGGGCAAGGUUCAGGGCCGGAACUUCUAGUUCCGAUCUCAGUCGUUCUACCCAGGCAUGAGCUUUCCGCUCCCAAUCGUACAACUUCGUUCGAUUACCACUGGCUUUCCAUUGUCCCACAGUUAAUUCUGUGCGGGGAUAUCAAUCAGCUGGGACCCAUCAUCACAUCUCAACAAGCGCGCACCUAUGAACUCGAUAUCUCCUUACUCAAGCGUCUCUUCAAUAGACCUCUGUACGUGGAACACACCGAGACACGUGGGUUUGUUCAUAAUGACCUGUCCGUUUCGCUUUCUUAUGUCAUAUCUAAGAACUACCGUUCUCACCCAGCAAUCCUCAUGCCACCUUCGGCUAUGUUCUACAAUGACUCGUUAGAGGCUUGCGCGAGCAAUGGUAUGAUCUCCCGGGCGGGACUAUACGUCGACGAGCGUGCUACCUGGUUCAACAUUGGCGAAAUAGAUGGAAUCGUAGGAGUGAUCAGCUCAUUGAUGUCGGAGGCCGCCAAAAGCAUUUCACCGCUCCAAGCUGACGAAAUCGGGGUCAUGGCACCUUGGCGAGAACAAGUUUGGAAAAUCCGAGAAAGAUUAAGGCAGGCGGGGCUAUCUCGAGUGGAUGUGGAACUAGAGAAACGAGUUGUGAUCAUCUCUUGUGUGAGGUCUAGUGCCAGGUUUCUGACAGAAGACGGACAGAAGGAGAUUGGUCUGGUAUUUGAAAAGGAAAGAAUGAAUGUAGCUAUUAUCCGUGCUAAAGAACUCCUCGUCAUAAUCGGCAAUGGCAAUGUACUCAAAUAUGAUCCAUAUUGGAAAGGUUUCCUACAGUUUGCUCUAAGGAACGCAUUAUAUGUGGAUCCUGAAUCAGCGCUCGAUGAUGAUGGUGCUUGGAUAUCACGCCUAGAGUCCAAGACUGCUGAAGCCGAAGAAGAAGUUGGUUUGGCGACUAUUGAUCCUACAGGGAUGAGGGCUACGAUGAUGCUAGCGGGAGGUGUAGUAAGGGAGAUUCUCAAAGAUAGUUUUUGA